AUCCAAAAAGCUCACUUCCUCUCCCAUUCUUCAUUCUCCUCAUCAUCAAAAUGUUGGAUCUUCCUCACUAACUGCUACUGCCUGUGGAACUCAAGAUUCAAGAAAAAAAAAAAAAGCAAAAAGUAGCAGAUGAUCAAUGGCCAUGAUAUGUCUAUCUUUACCCCCACUUUUUCCUAUCACUAAACCCAAACCUUCUCAAUCCUGUCUUCUAACCCAUAACUUAUCUCUACCUUUCAUUUCCUUAUCUCCUCCUCUUAGACCAAAAACAACAAUCCAUUUUCAUAAAAUUCACCAAAGAAAAAAAACCCUAAUUUGGAGAAUCUAUGCUGCUCCUGAAGAGGCCUUGCCUUUAGACACAGCCCCAGUAGAAAGCAACCAGCAGAUAGUGUACACUGGUGAUGAUGGAUCUAGCAACAUCAUAUCGAUUCUUCUCUUCAUUGCCUUCAUAAUUUUAUCAAUUCUCACUGUUGGGGUAAUAUAUUUAGGGGUGACUGAUUUUUUGGAGAAGAGGGAAAAAGAGAAGCUUGAGAAAGAAGAGGAAGCCAAGAAGAAGAAAGAUGGGAAGAAGAGAAAGGUAAGAGCAAGAACAGGGCCAAGAGGAUUUGGUCAGAAAAUUAACGAGGAUGAUGAUUUAAUUGAUUAGCAUUUGCUAUAAGUACCAAUAGUUGUUUAAUUUUGCCUGUUCAUAUGAAAUGAAAUCUUUUUAUGAUUCUCUUUA